AUGGCUCGCUGGCACAUCGUGGGCUUGGCCCUGUGCUCCUACCUCGGGGUAGCCUGGGCUGCGACCCUGGGUGUGGUGCUCACCGAGGGAGGAUUUGUGGAAGGUGAGAGCAAGAAACUGGGACUCUUUGGGAGCUACAUUGACAUCUUCAAAGGGAUUCCAUUUGCUGCUCCUCCAAAGAGACUGGAAGACCCCCAACCUCACCCUGGCUGGGAUGAACGCCGGGAAUUAACAAAGCUCAGGCAUGGCACGUGCACCUGCCUUCCCCAUGCCUUGGCUGUCCAGAGCUGCUUCAUAAGGGAAAGUCUCCCAGUUUGUCACGCCCUCAUCCCAGGCACAGUGGCAGGGGAGGCUUUGCUGCCACUGCGCUGCACUCAGAGAGGAAAGGAUGGGAGAGCAGACACCUUGCAACCAGAGAAUGGAGUUGAUGCCCUUAACUGGUUUCCCUCUUUCCUUGCAGGAACCUUGAAGGCAAAAGAAUUCAAAAAACGCUGCAUGCAGAUGAAGCUGACACAGACUGAUGUCCGCGGCAGCGAGGAUUGUCUCUACCUGAACAUCUGGGUCCCUCAAGAGAGAAAAGAGAUCUCUACCAAUCUGCCUGUGAUGGUUUACAUCUACGGCGGUGCCUUCCUGGUCGGAGGCAGCCAGGGAGCCAAUUUCCUGGACAACUACCUGUACGAUGGGGAGGAGAUCGCCGUGCGGGGCAACGUCAUCGUGGUGACCAUCAACUACCGCCUGGGGCCGCUGGGCUUCCUGAGCACCGGGGACCAAAACCUGCCAGGGAACUACGGGCUCAAGGACCAGCACAUGGCCAUUGCCUGGGUGAAGAGGAACAUCAAGGCCUUUGGGGGUGACCCAGACAACAUCACCAUCUUUGGGGAAUCGGCCGGUGCCGCCAGUGUCUCCCUGCAGACACUGUCUCCAAAGAACAAGGGCCUGUUCAAGAGAGCCAUCAGCCAGAGUGGUGUUGGGGUCUGCAGCUGGGCCAUCCAGAGGGACCCGCUCGUCUGGGCCAAAAAGCUUGGAGAAAAGAUGGGCUGUCCCACAGACAACACCAACAUCUUGGCCAACUGCCUCCGCAGCUCUGACCCCAAAGCCUUGACUCUGGCCUACCACCUGCAGCUCACCAACCUGCCCAUGCCCCUGGUGCACACCCUCGCCCUCUCUCCGGUUGUGGAUGGGGAUUUCCUCCCAGACGUGCCCGAGAAGCUCUUUGCCAACGCUGCCGACAUCGACUACGUGGCCGGGGUCAAUGACAUGGACGGGCACAUCUUUGCCGGCAUUGAUUUACCCGCCAUCAACCGCCCGCUGGUGAAAGUCACUGCUGACCAGGUCUAUGAUUUGGUCAAAGGCCUCACUGUGGACAGGGGCGAGGCUGGAGCCAACGCCACCUACAACAUCUACACACAGAGCUGGGGUGACAAACCCGAGCAGGAGGUCGUGAAGAAGACAGUGGUGGAGCUGAUCACUGACUACAUCUUCCUGAUUCCCACACAGCUGGCACUGGACCUGCACCUGCAGAAUGCCAAGAGUGGCAAGACCUACAGCUACGUGUUCUCCGAGCCGUCCCGCAUGCCCAUCUACCCUGGCUGGGUCGGGGCAGACCAUGCUGAUGACCUGCAGUACGUGUUUGGGAAGCCCUUUGCCACCCCCCUGGGCUACUGGCCUAAGCACAGGACUGUCUCAGAGGCCAUGAUUGCUUACUGGACCAAUUUUGCCAGGACUGGUGAUCCCAACGAAGGGCAUUCGGCUGUUCCCGUUUCCUGGCCAGCCUACACCAACAAUGGCAGGUACUACCUGGAUAUCAACCACAAGAUGAACAAGGACUCUGUGAAGCAGGACCUGAGAUCCCAGUUUGUGACCUUCUGGAACUCCGUCUAUAUGAAGCUGCCACAGGUUGCUGACAUCUCCCAGUCGGAGUUAACGUUCUGAAGCAAAAAAAACCCCCAUGUUUUAGAAAUCAUUAAAGCCUUGCUUGUAGCUGAGUGGCUCUGUUUCUCUGUUUUCUGUUUCUCUGUGUUGGCUGUGACAGAGUUUCCUUGCUAAUGUCAAGGUCAGGCAGGAUGGAACAUCCUGAGGGCAGCGUGUGUUCCCCUGGCUGUGACAGUCAGUUCUGGCCAAGCUGUCCUUGCAGCAAAUUAUAUUCUCACCCUGACCUUUGUGCCCUUCACCUGCCGCCUUUUGCGGCGUAAAACAUCGCUGAGAUGACAGCUGAAGUUCUUAGGGACUAAAACCUUGUUUCAAUGAGAAUUAACACCACACUCCUUGCACAAUCAGAGAAAUGUACGGCUGUGUGUGAGCAUUCAGCUCAGGAUUGUUUUCCUUCAUUGUCCAGGCAGGACAGGGACAAAAAUAACCCACGGGGGGAGGUGGUUCUGCAUCUGUUUACGGCGGCAAGCUGGGCUGAGGAGCCCCGAGCAGGACAGGACGAGCUCGGGCCGCCCUCAGGCCUCGCCCGCCCCGCAGGCCGAGCCCGGCCCGGCCUCGGAACCGUCGUGCGGCGGAACCUUCGUGCCGCGGCCCGCGGGGCGGCGCCGGCAG